AUGAGCAACAGAGAUGAUUUGCAACUGUCAAACCCAGCAGCAGAUAUUGGGAUGGCUCUCGGCUUGGGCUUCGGUUUCGGUAUCCUGAUAGUGGCUGCGAUAAUCAUAGUGGUGGUGAUCAGAUGGCAGUGUAAAAAAAAUCAGGUGGAAUCUUCCCAACCACAGACAGAGGAAGAAAACAAUGAGGCUCAGAACGUGGUGAGAGAUUCACAUCCGUUUUUUGGACAUGGGAUCACAAGGAUUGCUUGGAGGUUUAAAAGAAGUGAUAAGAGUAAGAAUGAAGGGAAACGUGAUUACCAUCCCAUCUACGAUACUCCAAGAUCCAACCCAGUGCCUGUAAAAGUACCUAAGAGCUCAGGUCACUCCCACGGUCAUCCUACUCCUUCCCCAUUGACUGUAAACGAUAACAGGCCUGGAUACUCCACUUUUGACCAUCCUCUGGAAAUGACAAUCCCUGCACAAACAAACGUAUCUGAAUACGGACAUGAACACCCCACUUAUGACCGUCCUGUCAAUAUUCCAGUGUUUGUUUUAGGAGAAAACGAACAUGAACACUCCACUUAUGACCGUCCUGUCAGUAUUCCAAUGCCUGUGGAAGGAGAUAGACUCGGAUACUCUACGUACGAUCGUCCUCCAAAAAUUGCAUUGCCCAUAGAUGAAGACAGCAGACCCGGAUAUUCUACAUACGAUCGUCCUCCAAAGAUUGCAUUGCCCAUAGAUAAAGACAGCAGACCCGGAUAUUCUACAUACGAUCGUCCUCCGAAGUCUGCAGUGCCCAUAGAUGAAGACAGCAGACCUGGAUACUCUACAUACGAUCGUCCUCCGAAGACUGCAAUGCCUGUAGAUGAAGACAACAGACCCGGAUACUCUACAUACGAUCGUCCUCCACAGAUUGCAAUGCCUGUAGAUGAAGACAGCAGACCCGGAUAUUCUACAUACGAUCGUCCUCCACAGAUUGCAAUGCCUGUAGAUGAAGACAGCAGACCCGGAUAUUCUACAUACGAUCGUCCUCCACAGAUUGCAAUGCCUGUAGAUGAAGACAGCAGACCCGGAUAUUCUACAUACGAUCGUCCUCCAAAGAUUGCAAUGCCUGUAGAUGAAGACAGCAGACCCGGAUACUCUACAUACGAUCGUCCUCCACAGAUUGCAAUGCCUGUAGAUGAAGACAGCAGACCCGGAUACUCUACAUACGAUCGUCCUCCAAAGAUUGCAAUGCCUGUAGAUGAAGACAGCAGACCCGGAUAUUCUACAUACGAUCGUCCUCCAAAGAUUGCAAUGCCUGUAGAUGAAGACAGCAGACCCGGAUAUUCUACAUACGAUCGUCCUCCAAAGAUUGCAAUGCCUGUAGAGGAAGAACCUGCAUACGAACGCCUUUCCCAAUUGAUGCAGCGGUCUAACAACAAAAUUCAUGAGCAAAGUUCACCUUCCUCCUCCCAUAAUACAGAAAAGACCACCGACAGGCAGCAAUCUCCCCCACCCCUCGCCCCUCGCUCGUCCAACAAAAUCUCCAGUAUGUCCACUACCCCCAUUUCGUCCUGCCCACCAGUACCCCCUCGCCCUCCUCGUCCUUUAAAGGGUCAAAGGGCGCUGGAGAGGACUGACAGCCAGCUGGCUAUGGCACGAACAUUUGGGAGACAUAGUAUCUGGGCGGUCUUCAGAAGCCUGCCCAUGUCCUCCUGUCGUCCAGCCAAUAGUCAGUUGUCUUAG